AUGCAACAAUUUUUUCUCCUUGUUUAUUCGUUUACGCUCCUCGCGAGUCGAUCGUCAUGCGAAUUGUUCACGGCUCUAGUCGACAUGGAAGAACUGCUACAAACGGAAGCCGUUUUGAUGAACACUCUCGAGGGUUACAUAUCGGUGACGGAAAGGAAAUUGGAAAGACUGAGAAGACAUUUGGAAGAGUUUAGGAAGGAACACGAUCAGGCAAGCAGAGGAGUUCAGGAAUAUCUAUCGAAUCCGAUAAAUGCUUAUCUACUCACGAAAAGACUGACGAGCAACUGGAAAGAAGUUGAAACAUUAAUGACGGACGAUGUAGGAUUCGAAUUCGUGGAUAACAUAACAAACUACAGAUCGGAAAAUUUGCUCAAAUUUCCAACGGACGAAGAUUUAAACGGUGCCGCCGUCGCUCUCAUGCGUCUUCAAGACACGUACAAAUUGGACACGUCUUCGGUUGCGAGAGGAGAACUCAACGGCGUUCAAUACAGCACGCAACUCUCCGCGGGCGAUUGUUUCGAAUUGGGCAGGCAAUCGUAUCAGAACAAAGACUACUACCACACGGUUUUGUGGAUGACGGAAGCCAUGGAUAGGUAUCACGAAGAAGUGAACAAAACGACGGCGAAGGGAGACAUACUCGAGUACCUGGCAUUUUCUACCUACAUGCAGGGUAACAUAAGGAGAGCGUUGCAAAUGACGAACGAACUCCUCGAACUCUAUCCGAACCACGAGAGAGCUCAGGGUAAUAAAAUAUACUACGAAGACGCGCUACAACAGAGCAAAGGCCAGAAGAAAAAGGGAGACGACGGCGACGAAAUAGUCAUAGAGAAAAAUACAAAUUCGAAAUAUUACAAGGGGAGAGGAAUGUACGAGAAAUUGUGUCGGAACGAAGUCGGUUUGAGCGAGAAAAUGAAAGCCAAACUCAAAUGCAGGUACGUCGAUUUCGGACGACCCUUUCUCAUGUUGGCAAAAGUGAAAGAAGAAGAAGCUUUUCUCGAUCCGAGAAUCGUUUUGUACCACGACGUUUUAUCGGAUAGAGAAAUCAAAACGAUACAACAGUUGGCAGUACCGAGAUUUAAAAGAGCAACGGUGCAAAAUUCUGAAACUGGAAAAUUGGAAGUCGCUCAUUACAGAAUCAGCAAAUCCGCGUGGCUAGAAGACGUGGAUCAUCCGUACGUGGCAAAAGUGAGUCAAAGAGUAGAAGAUAUAACGGGUUUAAAUAUGGCAACAGCGGAAUCGUUACAAGUCGUCAAUUACGGUAUCGGCGGUCAUUACGAACCCCAUUUUGAUUUUGCAAGGAAAGAAGAAAAAAAUGCGUUUCAAUCAUUGGGAACCGGAAAUAGAAUCGCGACCAUAUUAUUUUAUAUGAGCGACGUGAGUCAAGGAGGUGCGACUGUUUUUCCAGGAAUAAAAGUUUCCCUUUGGCCUAAAAAGGGAACGGCCGCUUUCUGGUAUAAUUUGAGGAAAAAUGGCGAAGGAGAUUAUCUCACGAGGCAUGCAGCAUGUCCGGUAUUAACAGGGUCGAAAUGGGUUUGUAAUAAAUGGAUACACGAAAGAGGACAAGAAUUUCGAAGGCCGUGCGGAUUAACAGAACACGAAGUUUAA